AUGAGUGAAAAUGGACAGACCGUGAAGAAGUCGGAAUUCAAGUAUAAAAUUGGUAAAGUGAAACAAACUCCACCUGUUUUGAAGGAUGACAAAACCGGACUAGAAUAUAUCGAGCUAAAACCACGGGAAAAUGAAAAGGUCUACGGUUGUACUACUUUUGCAGGACAUUAUAGUGAGGAAAAGAAAUUGGGGCAAGGCACAUUUGGCGAAGUUUAUAGAGGAGUGCACCUAGAGACCCAAAGACAAGUGGCGAUGAAAAGAAUUAUCGUGAAGGCAGAAAAGGAUUUAUUCCCCAUCACUGCGCAGCGUGAAAUCACAAUAUUAAGAAAAUUAAGUCAUAAAAAUGUUAUCAAACUUAUUGAAAUGGUGUAUGACUAUCCACCAACCCAGCCCAAUGGAUCUACAUCAAGUGUGGCGAAUCCGAGUAAGUCUUUUUACAUGAUUCUGCCCUAUAUGGUAGCAGAUCUUUCAGGAAUACUGAAUAAUCCACGGAUGAAUUUAGAAAUGCCAGAUAUCAAGAAUAUAUUGUUGCAGAUACUCGAAGGCAUUAACUAUAUUCACUGUCAGAAAUAUAUGCAUAGGGACAUAAAGACAGCUAAUCUUUUAGUGGACCAUAAAGGUGUACUCAAGAUUGCAGAUUUCGGUCUCGCGAGAAACUACUAUGGUGCCCCUCCUAAUUUAAAAUACCCAGGUGGUGCCGGUGUCGAUGCGAAAUACACAUCUGUAGUCGUAACAAGAUGGUACAGGGCACCUGAGUUGGUAUUAGGGGACAAGCAUUAUACUACUGCCGUAGAUAUGUGGGGAGUUGGUUGCGUCUUUGCAGAAUUCUUUGAGAAAAAGCCCAUUUUACAGGGUAAAACUGACAUUGAUCAGGGCCAUGUUAUUUUUAAACUGAUGGGUACGCCUUCUGAGGAAGCUUGGCCGCUUGCUAAAUAUUUGCCAGGUGCAGAGCUGACUAAAACAGAAUAUCCAGGAACUCUUAAAGAAAGAUUUGGGGCUUAUUUGAACGCUGAAGGGUUGGAUCUGCUUUCGAAGUUGCUCUCGCUAGACCCGUACAAAAGGUUGACGGCGAUGGCAGCUAAAGAGCACCCUUUCUUCGAACAGGAUCCUCUACCGAAGUUACACCUUCAACUGCCCUGCGAAGAAAGCCAUGAGGCAGAUAUAAAACGAUACAGACAGGAACAAAGUAAGUCAACCGGUCAACAGCCACCUCCACCUCCUCCUGGGCACAUAAUUGAAAAACAGCCUUCGUCAAAUUUACAGCUCCCUGGAGGACCUAAAGCAUUGAAGAAACUCCCAACGGGUCCUCGUUUAGAUAGUUCUCAUUCACCAAAGCCUGCUAUUCAUAAGCUACCCGCUUCUGGACCUCCUGCGAAACGGAGUACACCUGUUGACUACCAUCCUCAACCAGGUAUAUCUUCUAGAGCGCCGCGAAACUUGUCUUUACCAAAGGUUCCAAGGUAUUCAGGCUCACCCCCGGAUCAAGGCCAUGUCUCACGAUACUCCGGUUCACAAAAUAAUGCCUCUACUGCAACCCCUAGCAACUCGGGAAGAACCGACAGCAGAUAUAGAGGUGACAUAGGUCAGCGUUCAUAUGGUGCACCUCGCUAUCCCGCAGCAUCUGAUUCACAGUGGCAUAAAUACCCUCGGUCGAGAUACAACAGUGCGUAUGGUUCGUCAGCACACGAUCAGUACAGUUACAAGGAUCCUAGAGCUUAUGGUCCUGAUUCUCGAGAAAAUAACAGCAUAGUGCGAAGAAUGGAAUUUAAUGCGCAGAAUAAUUCCACUUCUAAAUUAGAUCAGAAGCAACACUCACAGGAGCGUUCCUACAAAGAGAGCACUCGUCUACCAACUGCACCAUCAAAUGCUGGUGCACGCAAAAAUGCAGACAGUGAAUACCGCAAAUCCGCAGCUGAAAAUAAUUCAGAAGACAUUGCGAACCUUUAUUAA